AUGUCAUCCAGAGCCGCUUCGGGACGGAGGCGAAUACCGGCGAAAAAGACAUCUGCGCAGCAAAUUCUAAACAACCUGCGAAGACCACCGGUCGACCUAAGAGUCUCGCCUUUCUAUGUGUCCGAAGCAAGUAACCAGUCAGGACAUGAGUCUAGUACAGCUUGUCCCACUUUACCCCACAACGAAGAGAGGCCAAAUCCAUGCUCAAGAGCAGCGUCGCCCUUCCCAACCUACGUUUCACCGUUUCAAGUGGACUCGAUUGAUCUUACAUCGGCUGUUUCGCCUCCACUCCUCCAACGUCAGUCUAAACGCGAUACUUUCUAUGUCUUGUCCCCUCCGAACAGUACGGAGUCGAACCCAGUGUCGGCCCCUGCACUUGUUCCAUCCCUUGUGCGGACCCGCUCAAGUUCUACUUCAAGUGUUGAAUCCUUCUCUUCCUUGGACGUCAACGCGCCUGCCUCUUUGUUCACUCUUUCGUGCGAAUCACUCGCGCCAUCCCCAUCCGCAUUCGUAUUCCCCUCGUCCCGAUCUAGGGCGCAUCCAAAUGCUACUCCUGCUAUGGCAAAGGUCGUGAUGAAGUCGAAGGCAGAAAAGGUACUGAUGUCCGAAGCUGUUGCUGAACGGAUUAAAGCUCGGCUGGAACCUGUCCAUCAGGCUGGGGACUUUGUAUUCCCUUCUUCGAGGUCUCGAGCGCACCCCAGUGCAUCGCGUCCAAGGCUUACGAAGCAGCUGAAGAAGAAGUCAAAGACUCUGCAAGCAUCUGUGAAUGCGAAUGAUGCCACUCGAAACUUGCCAUCUUCUUCGCGCAUGGCAGACACGUACCCUUUGGAUCCUCAUGAUCCAAUACUUCUAGAGCAGGAUCGACUAACGACGGAUCUGUUGCAAGAAUUGAUUGGCAGUCCGUCGGUUCACAAGUAUGGCGAUAAUCCGCCGGCUACGGUUCUUGACUUGGGUUGUGGUCAAGGCUAUUGGAUGCUCCAUGCAGCAAUUGCUUGGAAGGGCUAUGGUACCAAGGUCACCGGGUUUGACAUGGUCGAUCUUACACAUCCAUUACAUGCUCUGGCGGUGCAGCACGAAAUCGUCGACAACACAACCUUCGUCGAGGGCAAUUUUAUAACAAGCAAACUACCGUUUCCCAACAACUCCUUCGAUCUCGUCCGGAUGGCAAAUUUAACGUAUGCGAUACCCUUUGAAAAAUGGGAUUUCGUCCUUAACGAAGUCUGCCGCGUACUGACUGUCGGAGGCCGACUGGAAAUCAUUGACGACCAUGUAUUCUUUCCAUAUGGUAAACUCCCAGCAAUACAGGGCUCCUCUCCCGACCCUAACAGUGAUUUGGAGGUGUCUCGAGGGCCUACCAUCACUACCGAUGAAGAGUCGUACAACACCGAGGCAGAUUCAACUAUAUCACCUAGCAAUUCCCAAACUUCAGUUACUUCCACCAGCUCUGAUCCCUGGAUAGAACAAACAACUGCCACCAAAGAGCUCGAGUCUGUAUUCGAGCAGCUGAACAACAGUCAAUUUGGGAUCCACCUCUCUCCAAGCCAGUUUGUCGUGGAGAUGGCACAAAAGAUAUUUGGGCAGGCGAGGGAACUUCGGACGAUACAUCUCUUGUUGGCCCCACCGCAGCUGGGUUUCACCGAUGAGAGCCACCAGCUGACGCAUUCACCUGGGCUUGUGCUCUGGCCAUCUACCUUCAUCCCACUCCCUCGGACGGAGAUCGAAGUCCAUGCGCUGAAGCACCCCAGAGUACUUCUAUCGCUCAAGUAUACGCUCAUGGAUUUCGCGGGAGAAGAGGUAGAAGAUGCGUUGUGGGAUUAUGAAGGGUUCUUACACGAACGCUUCAACCCGCGUGAAGCCUCUUCUUACGUACCCGAGAGUUCAGACACUGGAAGUACCCUCGAUUCAGUUUUCUCUGUUCCAUCCAUUUCUUCCGAAAGCUGGAGUGACAUCCCAGAUUAUCAAUGCGAGCGUCAGCACUACCAAUCGCUUUCGGUAGAUGAUACAUCAGAUUCGAUGUCGUUCAUACCGUCAGUAGUAGAAACGGGAGCUCCUAGUAUUGUGUCGCUGCCCAGUUUUACGACUCUUCCUCCAGCAGGUUCAGCAGUUCCACCGGAAUACUCAAGAUACGAGCCAGCUCAUGUCCGGACAUUUCACAUCUACGAGGCGAUAAAGAUGGGGGAGUCGAUGGCUGCCACUGCGAGAUGA